CUGAUGUCUUGCCUGUUCCGUCACAUGAAGAAGAGUGGUGCUAUUUCUUCCAAUGCUGCUGCUGUCCUCAAUAAUCUGGCUUUGGAAGGAAAAUUCAAAGCUCAGCUGAGGCCAGGUUUUGAAGAAAUGGUCCUGCCAACCUUAGAAAAGUUUCUGUUGAAAGGCACCAGUAAUCCCGUCAUUCUUCCGUCUGUCCUGUCCAGUAUGACCAACCUGUGUGGUGAUGCCUUCAUACGGAACAAGAUCUGUGCCAAGGAACAGUGUUGGGAGGGAUGUUGCCACAUGUUGAAAGAAUACUCAGAAAAGCAUGCCAAUAAACUCGGAGAAGAAACAUUGUUUGCUCUUCUGGGACUGCUACUUAAUCUCUUGUACGACAACACUGCCGUUACGAAACACAAGUAUGAGCUGGAUCUGUGCAUCACGUGUCAAGAUCUGUACACCAAAUGUGAAAAAGAGGCUGUCCAGGAGAGGGCGCUGUCUGUCAUAGGAAACAUCCUGCCACAUUCAACAGAGACUACCCGCGAGAUGUGUUCACGGGAUAUUACACAGUUACUGGUACAGAUUAUACGGAGUGAGAAAGCUACCCUUACAAAGCCAGCAGUCCGCUGUAUCUCCGCGUGUACCAAGGUCAGCCAGGAGGCUAGAGACAGUAUUGUAGAAAAUAAAGGUCUGGGUCCUCUAGUAGAGCUUCUAAAGAGUCAGGACGAGAUCGUGGUUGGCAACGCGGCCCUGUGCCUGGCACACCUGGCGGAGAACCACAGGGUGUGCCAAAAACUGGUGAAAACCAACAUCAUUCAGCACCUCCUGGUCAUAGUGAGGGACGGCAAGAGGACAGGGGUUCAGGAAAAUUGUGCCAUUCUCAUUGCUAAGCUGACUCAAGGAGAUACAAGACACUUAGAGAGGCUGCGUGAGCUUCAUGGAAUAGAAAUUCUGCAUUCUGUCAUGAAGUUUGUGAAGACAUGAUCGACACUUAGUCCAGCCAAUAAACCCUCGCCUGUCUGAAGAUCUGUCAUAUCAAAAAUCUCCAAACGGGUGUCACUUACCGAUUUUUUUGGUGUUGUAUAGUACUACAACCACCUGAAGGUUGAAAUAAUAUUUUCCCAUUUCAAGGAGUAUUAAGUUUGAUGUGCCUUGGUUAGAGGAGCUUCACUGAAAGAUCUCUCGUUAUCACAGGUCACACUACAAAGGUCAAGGUCACAAAGGUCACACCAAUGACAUUCAACUGUGUGAACAUUGGACAAACACUGCUUAAAUAUUGAAAAACCUGUGUGUGAUAAAAGCUUUCUCUGCUGUAAUGUAAUAGUAGAUUCAAUUUUUCAGUACUUUUGUAAUAUUUCAAUAAAAUGAACAUUUUGCA